CGUCCGUCCCCUCCCCGAGGCGGGGCAGUUUAAGGGCGGACUCUAACGGUUCUCUGAGCUCCACGCCGAUCGCAGGUCUCAGCCGCCGCUCCGACCAUGGCCGAGGUUCGCAGUUUCACCAAACGGCUCAGUAAACCCGGGACGGCUGCCGGGAUCAGGCAGAGUGCGUCCGAGGCUGUCCGUAACUCGCUAAUCGCGGAAAAAGCAAAGAUUAUCGAGCCAUUGGAGUAUGAGAAAGUAAUUGAGCAAAGGAAGACACAGAUUCAAAGUGAUAGCCUGCGAGACCUUCUGCAGUUCCCGACAGAUGAAGUCUCGAUCUCUACAAUUUCACGCCAGAGGAGGACUGUUUACUCCACGCUGCCUUCGGAUGCUGAGAAACUGGCACAAAGUCUGUUGGUUAAAGAGUGUAUCAGGACCUAUAACUCAGACUGGCUUGCAGUCAGCUACAAAUAUGAAGCCUAUGCUGGGGAUUUCAGAUCGUUGCCAAGCAAAGUGCACCAGCCAGAAAAACUGCCAGUGCAGCUGUUUGAAGUUGAUGAAGAUGCAGAUAAGGAGGAAGAUGGUACAUCAAUAUGCUCUCAGAAAGGAGGGAACAUCAAGGAAGGGUGGCUGUAUAAAGCUCACAUGAACAGCACUAUUACUGUUUCAAUGAAGGUAUUUAAGAGAAGAUACUGUUACCUGACCCAGCUUCCCGAUGGCUCAUACAGCCUCUGUUUUUGCAAAGAGGAGAAGGGGUUUAAGGAGUCCAAAGGAUCGAUUUUUUUGGAUUCCUGCGUUGAUGUUGUACAGUGUUCCAAGAUGCGGCGAUAUGGUUUUGAACUUCGAAUGCAGGAGAAGUGCAGUUGUCACUUGGCCGCAGAGAGUGAGCAGGAAAUGGAAGAGUGGAUAUCAACUCUGAGAAAAGUCAUUCAGAGCAACUUCGAUGGCUUGGCGGCAGAGAGGAGGAUUAGCGAAUUGCCUGAGGGGGCACUGGAUGAAGACUCCUUCAGCCAAGGAAAAUCUGAGAGCAUGAUGGAGAGUUUGGAGAAAAGUAUGCACCCCGAGUUAAUGAAGUAUGCCCGAGAAUCGGAUUACCUCAACAAGGCCAGCCGAAGUGAAGGCAGAUGUAAACUGUUUGCAUUGGAUGCCGAGGCACAGAAACUAGAUUUUUCAGGCAUUGAACCUGAUGUAAGGCCAUUUGAAGAAAGAUUUGGCAAGCGCUUCCUGGUAAAGUGCCACAAUUUGACUUUUGCUCUCCAAGGUCUUGUCAGUGAGCAGGGAGAUGGAACACGAACAAAUGUUGAACCUUUCUUUGUGACCCUUGCACUGUUUGAUACCAAUAACAACUGCAAGAUCUCUGAGGAUUUCCACGUGGAACUGAAUCCCCCAGCUGUGCGCCAGAUGUUACAGAGCAGCUCAGAGGGAGCAGCUGAAAAUGGGAAGACGAGGGAGGACCAUCAUGGCAGCCGCCUGAAGGGGAUAGACGAGAAACUUCUCUGUUACCCGAAACAGGGUGUAUUCUCAGUGACGGUCCCUCACCCAGAGAUCUACCUAGUGGCUCGAGUGGAGAAGGUGCUCCAAGGGGGAAUUGCACAGUGUGCUGAGCCAUACAUUAAAAGUUCUGACACAGGCAAGGCUGCACAGAAAGUGCUUAAGGCUGCAAGGCAGAUCUGCGGCAGGCUGGGAGGCUACAAGAUGCCUUUUGCUUGGGCGGCAAGACCAGUGUUUAAAGACACAGAAGGUUCUUUAGACACAAGUGGAAAGUUCUCACCUUUUUACAAGCAGGAUAGCAACAAGCUGUCUACAGAAGAUUUACUGAAAAUGCUGGCAGACUUCAAAAAGGUAGAGAAAAUAUCCAAACUUCAAGUGAUUCCAGGAGAUUUUGAUGUCGCCAUCGAGUGUGUUCCUCCUGAUAUUUCCAAUUGUGUAACUUCAUCGUACAUCCCUGUGAAGCCAUUUGAGGAAGCCAGCUGUGACACUGUGACGUUUGAAAUUGAAGAAUUUGUUCCAGAUUUUGCAAAGUACAUGUACCCUUUCACAACUUUCAAGAACCACAUGUAUGUUUAUCCCAUGCAGCUGAAAUAUGACAACCAGAAAACUUUUGCAAAGGCAAGAAAUAUUGCAGUCUACGUGGAGGUGAGAGAUUCUGAUGGAGAUAAGUCUCAGCCACUGAAGUGCAUCUAUGGGAAGCCAGGAGAUCCAAUGUUCAUAACCAAAACUUGUGCAACAGUUUUGCAUCAUCAGCAGUGUCCAGAGUUCUACAAUGAGAUUAAGGUUGAACUGCCUGUGCAACUUCACGAGAAGCAUCACCUCUUGUUCACCUUCUACCACGUCAUCUGUGACAUAAACAGUAAAGGGACAACUAAAAAACGCGAAGCUCUUGAGACACAUGUUGGUUACGCUUGGCUGCCGUUAUUGAAAGAUGGUCGAGUGGUUACAUCUGAGCAGCAACUGCUAGUCUCUGCCAAUCUGCCUUCUGGAUACCUGGGCCUUCAUGAUCCUGACAACAAGAAGCACAUAGUUCCUGACAUUAAGUGGGUGGAUGGAGGAAAACCGUUACUGAAAGUUAAAAAUCAUUUGGUAUCCACAAUUUACACCGAGGACCAGUACUUGCACAAUUUCUUCCACCACUGUCAGAUGAACCAAUCAGCAACACAGGAGAACACUGGAGAUCUAGUGAAGCAUUUGAAGUGUUUGCAUGCUAUGGAGACCAGUGUGAUGAUCAACUUCCUACCAACAAUCUUAAACCAGCUGCUACAGAUCCUUACCAGGACCAGCCAGAGUGAUGUGGCAGUGAAUUCUGUCAGGGUAAUGAUACACAUUGUGUCAAAGUGUCACGAGGAGGAUCUGGACCACUUUUUGCGAUCUUAUAUAAAGUAUGUUUUCAGAACGAACCAGUAUGUGACCUCGGAAAACAAGACAACACAUGAAGAACUGGCUAAGUCCAUCAUCACCAUCCUGAAACAGUCUGCAGACUUUUUCACAAUCAACAAGCUGUUGAAGCAUUCGUGGUUUUUCUUUGACCUGUUGAUAAAGUCAAUGGUCCUGUACUUGAUUGAGAAGAAUAAAAUGAAGCUUCCCAGAAUGGAGAGAUUCCCAGACUGUUAUCAACACACUGUGCAGUCACUACUUCUUGUAAUUGUUCCCCAUGUUAAUUUGAGAUAUGGGGAAAUUCCAAAAGAAUCCAGGAAUAUAAACAUCGGCUGGGCUCAUUUUAUGAAGCGGAGUUUGACACUGAUGGACAGAGGAUUUAUCUUCAACCUAAUAACUGACUACAUCAGCUGCCUCUCUCCCAAGGAUUCAAAGGCACUCAUCGAGUACAAGCUGGAUUUCCUGCAAAUCAUCUGCAACCAUGAACACUUCAUCCCUCUGAACUUGCCAAUGUCCUUUGUGAAGAGCAGACUCCAAAGGAUGCAAGAUCUGCAACUGGAGUACACUCUCUCUGAUGACUUCUGCAGGCAUCACUUCCUGGUGGGUCUUUUACUCAGGGAGCUCACUGGUGCUCUCAAUGAGUCUCGGGACAUCCGACACAUGGCCAUUGCCGUUGUCAAGAGCCUGAUAAUGAAGCACUCGUUUGAUGCCCGAUAUCCACACAAGAACCAGCAGGCAAGAAUAGCCCUCUUGUACCUACCACUUCUCAAAGUGAUGUUUGAAAAUGUUCAGCGGUUCAUCGUAAAAGAUCUGUCUUCUCUCAGCAUGACCUUCUCGAAUGCCUGUGUUCGAGGUGACUUGGCAUUUAGCAUCCCAACAACAAUUAAUGGAUCAGCUGCACGCAAAUCAGGCAUCUUCACCGACAAGGAGUUAACUCCUUCAGUAGGAUACAGCACGUCUUGUGGGCCGGUGUUGAAGCGUGAUGAUUCCAGAGGCACCUUGAGCAAUGAAUUUAGUGCGUGUACACCAGAGAGAGCUGAGGAAAGGCGGAAUUCCAUGGACUUUAGUCAACAAAGACGAAGCUCAACAGGGAGCAAUUUAUCCAACUACGGCAAGUUAGACCAACAUGAAAUAAGAAGUCUCCUUAUGUGCUUUCUACAUAUCAUUAAAACAAUGUCGGAAGAUGCUCUCUUGGCGUACUGGAAUAAGAUGUCCCCUCAAGAAUUAAUGGAUUUUCUCACAAUUUUAGAGAUCUGCCUUUACCAGUUCAGAUACAUGGGCCGGAGAUAUAUAGCAAGAGUUCAAGAGGGCCUAAGCUUCAAGUACUCUCCAGCUGACAGGAAGUCUCAAACUAUGCCAGCUCUCUGGAGUCGUGCAGGAACAGCACACGCCAGGCUCCAACAGAUCAGCCACAUGGACAGCUCAUUUACCCUCAACCACCGUUCUGGAAUCAGUGAAGCAGACAUUAGCCACCAGUCGUUGUUGGAAGGGAACCUAGCCACUGAAGUGUGUCUCACAGUGUUGGACUUCGUUACUUACUUCAUUCAGAACUUCAAGAAUCAACUCAUUCAAGAUGACGGGCACAACCCACUGAUGAAGAAAGUGUUUGACAUCCUCCUCCUGCUGACCAAUGGGCAGUCCGAAACAGCCAUGAAGCAUGUGUUUGCAUCUUUACGGGCGUUCAUUAGCAAGUUCCCAUCAAUAUUUUUCAAAGGACGGGACAACAUCUGCGCCACAUUUUGCUAUGAAAUCUUAAAGGGCUGCACCUCAAAGCUGAACUCGACUCGUAGUGAAGCCUCUGCUCUCCUCUACCUAUUGAUGAGGAACAACUUUGAUUACACCAAGAGGAAGACCUUCCUGAGAACUCACCUGCAGAUCAUUAUCGCAGUGAGCCGAUUAAUAGCCGAUGUUGUUUUUACUGGAGGUUCCAGGUUCCAAGACUCGCUUUCUAUUAUCAACAACUUUGCCAACAGUGACAAGGCUCUGAAGGCAACUGCUUUUCCAAGUGAGGUCAAAGAUCUAACCAAGAGAAUUCGGACAGUCCUGAUGGCCACUGCCCAGAUGAAGGAGCAUGAGAAAGACCCUGAGAUGCUGGUGGACCUUCAGUAUAGCUUAGCCAAAUCCUACGCCAGCACACCUGAGCUGAGGAAGACUUGGCUGGGUAGUAUGGCUAAAAUCCAUGUGAAAAACGGAGACCUCUCGGAGGCAGUGAUGUGUUACGUUCACAUGGCAGCUGUUGUCGCUGAAUACCUUUACAGGAAGAAAUUAUUUCCUAAAGGAUGUUCAGCUUUCAAAGCCAUUACUCCCAACGUUGAGGAGGAAGCAGCAACAAAAGAGGAUUCAGGAAUGCAGGAUGUAAAUUACACUGAGGACGUCCUUGUGGAACUAUUAGAGAAGUGCGCGGACGGAUUGUGGAACGCGGAGCGGUAUGAGUUAAUCGCUGUCAUUUACAAGCUCAUUAUCCCUAUUUAUGAAAAGCGGAGAGACUUUGAGAGGUUGGCUUUCCUGUACAACACACUGAAUGAAGCUUAUAAGAAAAUAAUUCAAGUCCUUCACACGGGCCGCAGACUGCUGGGGAUGUUUUUCCGAGUGGGCUUCUAUGGUCAGAGCUUCUUUGAAGAGGAAGAUGGAAAGGAAUAUAUCUACAAGGAGCCCAAGCUGACUAGAUUACCUGAAAUAUCUGAGAGACUCCUCAAACUAUAUGGUGAUAAAUUUGGAGCUGAGAAUGUGAAAAUCAUCCAGGAUUCCAACAAGGUAAAUGCAAAAACCCUCGACCAGAGAUUUGCAUAUAUUCAGGUAACGUUUGUUGAACCAUAUUUUGAUGAGACAGAGCUGCCAGAACGGAAGACCCACUUUGAGAGAAACCACAACAUCACGCGAUUCGUCUUUGAAACGCCGUACACAUUAUCUGGGAAGAAGCAGGGCGGAGUUGAAGAGCAGUGCAAACGGCGGACGGUUCUGACAACAACACAUUCCUUCCCAUAUGUGAAGAAACGGAUUGUAGUCAUGAACGAGCAGCAGGUCGAACUGAAGCCCAUAGACGUGGCCAUCGAUGAGAUGAAGGACAGAACGACAGAGCUUCAAAAACUGUGCAAUUCAAAUGGACUGGACAUGAUCCAACUCCAGCUCAAGCUUCAAGGCUGUGUUUCCGUGCAAGUAAAUGCCGGUCCAUUGGCCUAUGCAAGAGCAUUCUUGGAUUGCAGCAAAUCACUCAAGCUCCCAGCCAAGAAAGUGAAGCAAUUGAAGGACAUAUUCCGGGAAUUUGUUACAGUCUGCAGCCUUGCCCUGGAUUUAAAUGAGCGGCUGAUUAAGGAGGAUCAGCUGGAGUACCAUGAAGGGUUAAAGGCCAAUUUUAAAGACAUGGUGAAGGAAUUAUCAGAAAUCACCCAUGAACAGAUGCUGGCAGAAGAUGAACUGGUGACGUCCCAUCUGAGGAACUCGCUGCAUGUUUUCAGUGCAAUCAGUGGAACAGCCAGAGGCCACUCCGCUUUCCCCUCGACACUCUGACACCCACCGCCAAGCAGAGGUGCUGCCCAGUCUUAAUGGAUCUUUUCCUCACAGAAUGGAAAGCAGGGCUGGAUUGUUGGGACGGUGUGACUUGAACUUUGAACUUUGCACUGCAGGGCUUCAGACUUUUCCCACACUGGCUACCCUGCAUCCUGAUCACCCUCUCAGCCCUCCCUUGUAAGAAAAGUGCUCUUCAAUCCACACACCCGGGCCUUACAGGACAGCGCGAUGCCUUGCACACUGAAGAACCUUAUCAGGACGUCUGUCUGCACUGGACUUGAGAUUUACAGAACUGUGGAUUUGAAAAUAAUUGAUUGGGUUGGAACACCAAUCCCAAACCGAAUAUUUAAAGGUGGCCAAUUCUUUUCCAAAAUGUACAGUAUAAAAUAGAAAUAGUAUCUCACAUCUGUAUGUCAAAUUGUCAUCUCAAAUUGUUGUGUAUUUAAUUUGUAACUGUGAGUAGCAACACACUGCAAUCUAUAGUGUACAAAAAUCCUUAAAUAUAUUCAUUGUUUUA